CAUUGUAUAUUAUCACCUAUUCAAAUUAAUGCGGACAUAUUUAAAAACAUAGUUUGCAUUACUAAAACCCAAAACACAUAGGAUGAUAGAUAAAACGAAGAUUGAGUCCAUGCCUAACUCUACAGAAGUUAUCUGUAUGGUAGACAAGGACAACAAUGAAAUCGGAAGCUGCACAAGAAAGGAAAUGAGAAUGUAUAACGAGUGGCAUAGGACGUCAGCCACAGUUGUCAUCACCGGUCCAGAGGACCCUCAUCUCUUUUACCAUAUUAGAGAUAUGUCAAAGGAGUAUUGUCCUGGAUAUUUAGACAUCUCCUUUGGUGGUGUAGUUACUGUCGGCGAAUCUUAUCUUGAUAACGCUAUGAGAGAAGUCCAUGAAGAAUGCGGACUCUGUUUAUCGGAAGAAAAUCUAAUCGAAAUCGGUUCCUUUUCAGUAGAUGGGGAAUUCAUCAGAUGUCAUUAUAAAUUAUACGUUGCCCUCUUCAAUGGCACUGCUGAAGACUUGAUUCCACAAAAGGGUGAAAUAAUGUACAUUAAAAAGGCCAGCCUUCCCGAGUUGGAGGAGCUCCUCAAGGAAAAUAAACACACUGAAUCCUGCCACAAAAUACUAGAGUCCUUAAAGGUCUUUAUCGCUUCUGGUAAAAUCUCGCAAUUGCAGGAGGCCAAAGUAGCAAAGUAGCAUGUUUCGCUAAUAGUCGCAGACUGCGUAGUGCAAGUAAAUAUGUAGUA